UGAAAAUAAUUCUAUGUUAAUCAGAAUGCACCACACUGGUGAAAUGGAUGUUCGAGCAUGCUAUACUGCAAUAUCUGUUGCAAGUCUGCUAAACAUUUUGGAUUUUGAAAUUACAAAGGGUGUUGGAGAUUACAUUCUAAGAUGUCAAACAUAUGAAGGUGGUAUUGCUGGAGAACCUGGUUCUGAAGCUCAUGGUGGGUACACAUUUUGUGGACUAGCAACAAUGAUUCUUAUAAACGAGGUGCAUAGAUUGGAUUUGACCAGUUUGAUAGAUUGGGUUGCAUUUCGUCAAGGAUUGGAAUGUGGUUUUCAAGGACGAACAAAUAAGUUAGUAGAUGGCUGCUAUUCUUUUUGGCAAGGCGGAUCUCUUUUUCUAAUUCAAAGAUUGCUUUCUAUUGCUGAAAACCAAAUUAAGUCAUUGCCAAUGAGUAUAGAACAAGAACAGCUAUCUAUGGAAGGAAAUGUGGAUUCGGCUGCUUUUACUGUACCUAAGCCUGAUGGAAGUCAACGUCAAAUUCAUUAUUUUGAAAACAAAGAUGCAGGAAAAGGAUCUGCUACUGGUUUAGACUUCAUUAGGACUACAAAUGGGGGGCCUCUCUUCCACAGCAUUGCUCUUCAGCAAUAUAUACUCCUUUGCUCCCAGGUUCUGGAAGGAGGAUUCAAAGACAAACCAGGGAAAGCAAGGGAUCACUACCACUCAUGUUACUGUCUCAGUGGUCUCUCAGUGAGUCAGUAUAGCUUUUCAAAGAGCGCCGAUUCACCGCCGCCACCCAAUGCAGUCCUCGGUCUGUAUUCCAACUUGUUAGAGCCCGUUCAUCCUCUUUACAAUUUAGUGCUGGAUAAGUACUACAAAGCUCAUGAAUUCUUCUCUGUUAUGAGUUAGAUAGCAUUCCUCUCGUUUGCGUGUAUGUCAUUGUCCUUUACUGGCUGCAGAGUUGUCCAUCUUAGAUAUAAUCUCAACAGACGCAGUGUUUGUGUUAAAAAUAUAUUUUAUAAGUAUAACAUAGCUUUUCAAUUGAAUCUCUAAUGGUCUCUUGGAUAUGCAUAUAUAUUAAAUUUGGUAA